AUGGGCUGUUGUAGACUGCUUUCUAAACCGGUAUGCAUGCCGUUAUGGAGACGUCAAUAUAGUGUCCCCGCAACUUAUUUCCACCCCACCGUAUAUGCAUUGUCUACACCGUCCAACCAGCAUUCUGCCAUAGCAAUACUGAGAAUAUCUGGGACCCAUUCAAAGUAUAUUCUUGAACAACUAGCGCCUGGAAAACAUGUCCUACCUAGGAAGCCGAUGCUUAGAACGUUAAGUGACCCGAAGACCUCUACAUUUAUAGACGAAGCACUCGUGCUAUACUUUCCGCAACCCAAGACUUUCACUGGAGAAGAGCUUGUUGAGUUGCAUCUACACGGAGGGAAAGCGAUCAUAAAGGCAGCGUUGAAGAGCAUACAGGAAUUGAGAUCAGAGGAAAGAGAUAUUCGAAUGGCAAUGCCUGGUGAAUUUAGUCGUCGAGCUUUCCAAAAUGGGAAGAUGGAUUUAUUGAAAUUAGAGAGCAUAAACAAAAUGAUACAUUCUGAUACAGAGAUCCAGAGGCUUUCAGCACUACACUCAGACGAGAUUCUGCUUAAAUUUCAGAGAUGGAGACAAGAGAUUAUAGAUCAGAUGGCCAAAUUAACAGCAAUCAUCGAUUUCGGCGAAGAUAUCGAAUCGGAGGACAUUGAAGCAAUUAUAAAAGCAGUAAAUGACAAACUAUUGACACUACAUACCCAAAUCACUCGUUUUGUGACAAAAUUAGAUCGGAUGUCAGUGUUGAAUGAUGGUAUCAAACUUACGUUAUUGGGUGAGCCGAACUCCGGGAAGUCAUCCCUAAUAAAUGAGAUAUCUCAUGAUGAAGUAGCAAUUGUCAGCAACAUCCCUGGUACCACAAGGGAUUCCAUAGACGUAGUUAUGGAUAUCAAUGGCUUCAAAUGUAUCUUAACGGACACUGCUGGGAUUAGACAAGGUACAUCGGAUGCAAUAGAAAUUAAGGGAAUUGACAGAUCCAAGAAAAAGAGUUUGGAAAGUAACCUUGUUGUAUUGGUUAUCGAUGCUUCAAAGCCAAAUAUAGAUGAACAAUUCUUCGAUUUUAUCAACAAUCAGUUAGCGGAAAAACCUUUGGUUGUUGUUUUGAAUAAAUCUGAUUUAAUUACAAGCGAUCAAUUGGCGCAGUUGAAAGCUAAUUUUGAGGCAAAAUUAAACGCCCUGAAAGUCCAUACAGUUUCUUGUUUGACAAAGCAAGGCUUGGAUUCGCUAGUUGAGACACUUACCGAUAAUUUCAAGCACAUUUCGGCAACAGAAGACGAGGACCCUAUAGCAGUGUCAGACCGUGUCAAAGAGAUUCUUCAGACAGAUCUCUUGUACGGCUUGGACCAGUUUUUUGAACACAAAGAUCAAGAUAUUCUAAUAGCAUGUGAAGCCCUAAGGAUUGCAUCUGAUGGGAUUGGUAAGAUAACAGGAGAGAAUAUAGAUGUCGAAGAAGUCCUAGACGUUGUGUUCUCAAAGUUUUGCAUCGGUAAGUAG